AUGAGCACAGCAGGUGUCCUGUCCUCUCCUCGCAUCACAACCAAUCCAACUCUCCCAUCGCGUCCAACGUCGCCGCGGCCAAUCCUUAGCACUACGGCGACCUCGCCCCAGCAGAGACGAGAGACGACGAGGAGUGAGCAGAUGUUGCGAGACAUGCUCACCAAAGACGGCGUCGCGCGUCAACGCAGUCUGUCGAGGAGCAGCAGCACUUUCCACCAUCCAUUGCCCCAGCCUCUGCCCAUCGGUCCUGGCACGACGAGCAGCAGUCGUGGCAGACAUGGACGAAACGAGAGUGUCAAGACGAUUCAGAAUUCGACCGACCCGUCUUCGCGGGCGUUGGGGGAUUGGGAGCUCCCUGCUCAGUUGUGUACCGACCUCGGCCUGUCCCGAGAAACACGCACGACGGCGUCAUUCCGUCUAAUCACAGUCCAUAUAACACUUUGGAUUCCACCAGGUCGCCGCCUGCUCCCUACCGCCACGCCUCUUCGCCGCUCAUCAGCACUGGCAAGCACGACGACUACGAGGCAAGAACCUGUCAGCCCAAGUCCUACCAGCAUGAACUCUUCUGGAUGGAACAGUCCACACCAAAACCGCACGCCCUCCCCCUCGUCGUCAACAUCACACCCAACAAGUCCCUCGCCAACGCACAGCGGCACAUUUAAUCUCGAUGUCGCCAGCGAGUACUGCAAACAACAGCGCGGCUACGUGUCCUUUGGAGACGUAGAGGGACUCGGACGACCCGCGGGGGAGGAAGAAGACGAGCGUGCAGAACGUGAACGUAUUGAUGCAGAGAUGAGGAGGAGAAAAUGGUGGCCGUCGUGGUUGGAGACGCUCGACGCUGGCGCGCGCAGUCGGCCAAAGACGCCUGCCCCAGAAGACUGA